GGCAAGAAAUUUGAUAAGCCAACCUCUGCAGAAGAUAUCGGUCCUUUUAUUGAAUUCCACGGGCUAAACAAAGAAGAAAUCCUUGAACCAUUAGAGUCAUUCAAAAACUUUAAUGAAUUCUUUUAUCGUAAGCUGAAGCCAGAAGCUAGAAAAUGUGAUUCACCAGAAGAUCCCCAUGUUUUAGUUAGUCCGGCCGAUUGUCGUAUGAUGUGUUUUCCCACAAUAAACAAAGCUACAGAAAUUUGGAUUAAAGGGCACACCUUUACAGUUUCUAAAUUACUUAAUGAUGAUGAAAUGGGUAAAGAAUUCGAAGGUGGUA